AUGCCGACUCUACCGUACGCCCAUGCCGAUGACAGCCUGCGCGCCCUCGCCGGCCAGGCCGAGGGCUUCGGCCGCCACGCCAUCGGAGGACUCCAUGGACGUCUGUAUCACGUCACGAGCUUAGAGGAUGAUGGAUGCGGUUCACUUCGAGAAGGAUGUCGAAGCAAAGAACCUCUGUGGAUUGUGUUUGAAGUUUCAGGAACUAUUCAUCUGUCAUCCUUCUUGAUGGUCUCAUCCUAUAAAACAGUCGACGGCCGAGGACAGAAGGUUAAGGUGACGGGGAAUGGACUCCAGUUGAGAGCUUGUGAGCAUGUCAUCAUAUGCAACUUGGAAUUCGAAGGUGGAAGGGGAGACGACGUUGAUGCGAUCCAGAUAAAGCCCAAGUCGAGGCACGUAUGGAUAGAUCGCUGUAGUCUCCGCGACUAUUCUGAUGGACUAAUCGACAUCACUUGUGAGAGUACUGAUAUCACGGUUUCAAGAUGCUACUUCUCAAAGCAUAACAAGACGAUACUCAUCGGAGGGUGCAGCAGUAACGUCGCCGACAGGUGCAUUCGUGUGACCAUUCAUCACUGUUUCUUCGAUGGAACAUGUCAGCGACAUCCUCGUGUUAGAUUCGGCAAAGUUCAUCUUUACAACAACUACACCAGGAACUGGGGAAUCUAUGCUGCUUGUGCUAGUGUAGAUUCACAGAUUUUGUCUCAGUGCAAUAUAUAUGAAGCAGGAGAGAGGAAGAUGGUCUUUAUGUAUCUAACUGAGAAGGCAGCAGAUAGGGAAGAAGAGACCUGUGGAUGCAUAAAGUCCGAAGGAGACUUGUUUCUCAAUGAUGCAAAUCCAUGUUUACUGAGUGGUGACGGUGUCGAUCAAGCGUUCGAGGUCCAUGAACACCAUGCAGCAUGGACAGUGGAGCCUGCAUCAGAUUCUCUCAGAGAAGUUCUCCAAGUCUGCACAGGAUGGCAGUCCAUUCCGAGGCCACAAGACAGAUUAGCUGUUAUUGGCUUCCGCUGUGAUCAUAACAUCUUUGAUCAUUACUUACUUUGA